AUGAACGGCAGAGAAGUAAGACGUAAUAAUAGUGGUAAUUAUAAUAAUUAUGGAUCGCAUAAUCGAAAUGAACCAAAACGUAAUCGUAUGAUACCAAAUGAACCACCGUAUACGGCUUAUAUUGGUAAUACACCGGAUACGAUGGUACAAGGUGAUUUUGAAAAACAAUUAUUUACUGGUCUGAAAGUAAAACAAGUUCGAUUAGUUCGUGAUCGACAAACAGAUCGAUUUCGAGGCUUUGCUUAUGUUGAAUUUGAGGAUGCGGAUUCAUUACGUAGUGCUAUCGCAUUGGAUGGAAUGUUUGUUAAUGAUCGACCUAUUCGAAUUGAUGUUGCAAGUCGACCGCUUGGCGCACCUAAAUCUGAAGGAUUUCGAAAUAAACCUAAUUUUGAAUCGCGUAAUGGUCCUCGUCAACCAUCUGGUAACAAAAAUAAUAAUAAUAAUAACAACAACUAUCAAUCUAACGACAGAUUUCGUCAGAAUGAUAAUCAACGUGGUCCUGGUCAGAUAAUUGAAAAUAGUCAUUAUAGAAAUGGAAAUAAUCAUGGUUAUCACAAUCAAGUUAAUUCAGAUGAUAAUAAUGAACAAAAAUCUCAAUCACAAAAUAAACGAAUAACAAGUCAAAUAUCUGAUGAUGUUUUUAUUACGCCAGAUACAGCAAUAUCAAAUGAAGAUGGUAACGAUGAACAUCUAAAUAGCAAGGAAGAUAGUACAACGAUAACUCGACAACAAAGUCGAAAUUGGGCAGAUUGUCCUAUUGAUGAGUCUGUUAUUGAAACAUCAUCAUCAACAAACAAUAAUACUAUCAGUAAUGAUGAUGUUGAUAAUUCUUCCGUAAGAAAUCAAACAUCUAAAGCUCGUUUAAAUCAACGUACACCUCCAAAUUUAAUGAAUAAUCAAUCCAUGCAUGGACGUAAUACUGGAAAUUAUUCUCAAAGACAUAUACCAUCACAAAUGUCAGGAAAUGACCGUACAUAUAACGAUCGAAUGACAUCAUCAUAUUCAAAUCAAUCUCAACAACAUCAUAAUUCACAAACAUUAUCAAAUUCUGGAAAUCAAGGUUCAUCAUCAUAUUAUAAUAAUAAUCGUCCACCAUCAAUAUCAGGAUCUCGACAAAGAUUAAAUUCCAAUGGAACGACUAAUAAUCGAGAUGAAAAAAAUUCAACAUCGACAAGCAAUAGUUUACAUGAUAUUAAUAGCAAUACAAUAUCAACAGAAAAUCGACCACGUUUACAAUUAUUACCUCGUUCACAAAAAGUUCAACCAUCUACAAAUGAUAACCAAUCAAAAGAACCAGCAGCACGAAAUACGAGUAUUUUCGGAUGUGGUAAACCACGUGAUGAACGAGAUCCAAAAAUAGCUGAAUUAAAUAAACAUAUUGAAGAAGUUGUUGAAAAAGAUAUAAAUGGUCUAUCUAUUAAAUCGACUACAUCUAAUGAACCAACGAAUAAUAUUAUCAAGUAA